AAUCAGCGUCUACCUCAACAGGGGAAGCGCUUUCAAUGGGGUUAGCUUAACGCAGCCACAUUGCUUUAAGCAUAAUUCACGCUGUACAGUUAAAAUAUUUAUCGGAACCGAAGAAAAUAUAAGCCCUGCCGAAGAAAAGUACUUCUUGCAUCCAAGCGGCUUCGAAAUAAAACGAUGACGGGCUCAAAUGAGUACAAACUGAACCAGGGUCCAGAGGACAGCAUCUCUGCUGUCAAGUUCAGCCCAAGCACAGCCCAGUUCUUGCUGGUUUCCUCCUGGGACUGUACUGUACGUCUGUAUGAUGUUGGAAGCAACACCAUGCGCAUGAAGUACCAGCAUACAGCUCCGGUUCUUGACUGUGCUUUCUAUGACCCGACCCAUUCUUGGAGUGGAGGUUUAGAUGCACAAUUGAAAACUCAUGAUUUGAACACAGACCAAGAUACAAUAGUGGGUACACAUGAUGCCCCUAUUCGUUGUGUGGAGUACUGCCCAGAGGUUAAUGUCAUGGUAACUGGCAGCUGGGACAGGUCAGUUCGGCUGUGGGACCCAAGGACGCCCUGCAAUGCUGGCACCUUCACGCAGCCUGAAAAGGUGUAUACACUGUCUGUAGCUGGAGAUAGGCUGAUUGUUGGCACAGCUGGAAGACGAGUCCUGGUGUGGGAUCUGAGAAACAUGGGCUAUGUUCAGCAGAGACGAGAGUCCAGUCUCAAGUAUCAGACUCGCUGCAUCAGAGCAUUCCCUAACAAACAGGGCUACGUCUUGAGUUCAAUCGAGGGACGUGUUGCCGUGGAGUACCUGGACCCCAGCCAGGAGGUUCAGAAGAAGAAGUAUGCCUUCAAGUGCCACAGGCUGAAGGAAGAAGGAAUUGAGCACGUUUAUCCUGUUAAUGCCAUCUCAUUUCACAGUGUUCAUAACACCUUUGCAACAGGUGGCUCAGACGGCUUUGUGAACAUCUGGGACCCGUUCAACAAGAAGCGCCUGUGUCAGUUCCACAGAUACCCAACAAGCAUUGCCUCACUGGCUUUUAACAAUGACGGCACCAUGCUCGCUAUUGCCUCCUCUUACAUGCACGAGAAGGGCGACAUAAGCCACCCAGAGGACGCCAUCUUCAUCCGCCAAGUCACAGAUGCCGAGACCAAGCCCAAGUCUACCUAAAUCCACCUUGGAUUGGCUCCCUGCGCUUAUGAAGCCAUUGUAACAUUAUGGUUAUCUGCUGGCAUCCAGUGCAUCAUUACCAUAUGGUUUUCUUACUUCUGUUUCUAUUCAAAUAGACAGCUUUUCCUUCCUGUAAGUUAUGUAUGUCCAGCUUUUCUUCUGUUUCACAGCCCUUGUUAAAUAUUUUGUUCUUUUGUGUGUUCUGAAAACCAACUUCUUGAGUAAACUGUUUUUAUAUACACCUUUA